CAUGCAAUCAUAUCUAACUGAGUGUAAUGGGCGUUGUAACAAUCAUAAAGUUAAUAUAGUAUUUCAGAAGGUCUAUGAUAUUGUUGAAUAUUGCAUAUCGCAUGCUUUUAUGGCAAUUAGCCAUAAAGCUAAAGAAGUGACUGUAAUUUAUAAUACUGCUUCUAAUGCUAAAAAUCAAUAUAAAUUUAAUCUUGAUGCGACAAACAAAGACGUAGAAUGCUUUUUAGCAAGAUAUACUUUUGGAGAAAAUGUUAAAAGUAUGACUUUUAUACCUGUCCAAACAAAAGUAACCGCUGAUGUUGGAUUUUCUUCAAUUAUGAUUUUUGCUUACGAAGAUGGUAUAAGAGAAAAAGUAGAAAAUAGUAAUUACUAUACAGACAUAGCUAAUGUAAGAACAGGAGCAACUUGUACGGCUAACUCAGUAUACUCCUCUUCUUAUGAAUGCCAAUACGCAUUAGAUUUUAUAAAUGGAGCUUUUCAAAGUUUAAAUGAAUGGGCUGCGAAAUGCACAGGUCAGGCUUGUAUUGGAAAACACAUGGAAGUUUCAUUCAGCGUAUAUGGUGUUCCCAGUAUUUUUUGCCUAGCAAAUAGAUUACAAUUUAUUUCAAAAUUGAAAGUUAAAUGGAGUUCAGGUUUAAUGGAAAUAGUUGAAUUGAAUUUAAACAUAUUUCAAAAAUGUUUCAAGUAUUCUAAAAAUUUUAUUGAAACUAAAGUAUAUCUUGAAGUAGUUGAGAUAUCUACAACUCGAAAUAUUGGUUUGUCCCUAGUUCAGGUCCAACAUUUUUUAUUUCUAAAAGAUAUAGAAGAUAGACACUAUGAUAUUCAUACAAAAGAUCAUAUGCAAUAUACAAUUCCACCUUACAUUCAAAACAAUUUCCAAGCAAUGACAUUCAGUGUAUAUGGCAGUCAAACUGCUUCAAAUGUUUGUGGAGGAAUUGUUUUUAACUUCUAUCGUAAUAACAAAAAAUCAUUUAAGAUGGUUCUAUCCAAUACUGUUGAAAGUUAUUUGGAAAAACUAUCACCAUCUGUCUAUUUUAAAGAUAAACUGCAAGAGUAUGUUACUUGUGGACAAUGGAAUGAUUUUUGGAUAACUACUCUUGAUGGUACAGUUAAACUUGGCAAAGGAUUAAUAUACAAUAGAAAUACUAGAAUUAUUGCUCCAAUUGUAUCACAUGGGCCAACUGAUAAAUUCUUAAUUAGGAAUUUUCAAACAUCCUAUCAUCAUUUAUUGCGUGUCAACGAUUUAGAGGGAAAAGUUGUGAGAGUAACAGAAAACGGACUAUGCACUGAAGAAUACUACACUGAAUAUCUUUAUGAUAAGUUAUAUUCCACCUGUUUUGUUUUAUCAAAGAAAUCAACUGUUAUUGAAAGUUGGAGGUUGGGAAAUUUAACUUUCAAUUCAGAAGAUAUCAAUCCAGAAAUUACUUUAUAUUUUGAUAAAGAUGACAAAAAUCAAUUAAUGGUUAACUUAUUUUAUGAGAAUCUGAAAGAAGCAGAGCCCAAUGGUCCUUACCUUAACUACAAAAUGAAACCAUUUUAUAUAGUUUUGAUGUUAUUUUUUGGAAUAUUUCACUUUUCCAUUCAAACAAACAAGAAAUAUGUAAAUGUUGCGUCGGCUGUUAAUGGAGCUUCUUGUACAGCAACUUCCGAACGCCAUUCUCAUUAUAUAUUGAAUUUUGAAUGUGAAAAUGCUUUAACACCACUCUGGUUUAAAAACGACGAUUGGGCUUCAUCUUGCAGUACAACUGCUUGUAAUGGUAAAUCAAUGACAGUACAUUUUAAAAGCUCAUACGAUGUAGUUGAAGUCUGUAUUAUCCAAAGAAUUAUAGAACCUGAUAGACCUUUGAAAGAAGUUAAGAUAAAAUAUGGAAAUAAUAUAAAUGAAAAAGAAUACAAAUUAAAAUCAAUAACAACUUGUUUAUUACUCGAAGAAGGACUUGGAAAUGAUAUUUCUAGUAUGAAAUUUACGGCAAUAAACUGCGAUAGUACCUCAGUAGAUUCUGGUUUCAAUUCAGUAUUUAUAAUGGCGUACAGUGAUGAUCCUAGUGAUAUUGAAGAAGAGAAAUAUAUUAAUAUAGCAGAUUUAAAUGUUGGAGCUACGUGUUCGUCGUCCAGUUCACAAGCUGCAAAACCAUGUACUAAUGCCUUAGAUAGAUAUUUUGCACUACAUUGGACACCAUAUUGCGGUUUACCCCAAAAUUGUUUAGAACAAUAUAUUAAUAUAGUUUUUGGAUAUCCUGCACAGCCAGUUAUAUAUGCUUAUGCUAAUAUUUAUUCAACAACUAACGCUUAUAUAAAAGGAAUGCGUUUAGAAUGGAGUUCAGGUUUUAUAGAUACGAAGAAUAAUUUACCACAAACUAGUGCCUAUCAAUAUUUCAACUAUGAUCAUGCUCAAACUAUUGAAUCUAGUAUCAAAGUUGUUAUCACAGAUGUUUAUUAUCACAAUUCAAAUGGAUUGAAUUAUUUUAAAGUUUUUGCAAAACAAACUGAUGAAAAUAUCUACAGUAUUCAAAGUGUUAAUGAUGUAGAUUAUCAUUUACCAGAAUAUCUUCAAGGUAAAAUAGAAGCAAUGAAUUUCAAGGUCAAGGGUUUUGAUUCUGGUUCAUCUUACGACUGUUCAUCACUAAUUAUUAAUUUUAUGAGUAACACUACUAAAAAAUUUAUAUUAACUCUUGAUGAUGGAGGUAAUGAUAGUGGAAUAUCAAUGAUCACUGUCAUUCAUCCAACUUUAGAUGAAGUUGAAUUUAGCGAAGAAGUUUCGCUAAUAAGUUGCAGUUCUUGGAAUGAAUAUUGGAUUGAAUUCAAUAAUAAUAAAAUAAAAUUUGGCUCUGGAAAAGUUUAUGGCAGCAAUUUACUAGGAAGUUUACAAACAUCGAUUUCUUUAGAAAUAACAAAGCUAUCAAUAAAAAAUGAUGUUCCUAAUAUCCUAAAUUUUAUUCAAAUAACAUUAAAAGAUAGAGAUCAUGACGUUUUCACUGAUUCAGAACAAAAAACAAACUUUUUUGUAAUUAGCUUGGCCCAAGCUAAGAAACAAAGAAAAACUUAUCGCGGGUUCUAG